UUUGCACUCCACGCGGUAACAGGUGCGCGACGAGUUGCUGAGAGAGUGCGGUAAUUUCAAGCACGACGUACCACGGCUGUGAUAUGGAUACGAAUAUAGACUGAAACUGCGCUGUGUUGCCACCAUGGAGUUAGGGAGAGCAACAUUGCGCGGGAAUGGACUAAAUCUCCUUCUAAACGGUAUCCAUCCGCGACAUGGGUUGGUGUGGACAGACGGGAAGGCCAUCUACCUAGCACCUGUCCGACUGUAUGGCAACAACAUCGACAACGCCAAGUCUCUCAAGCUUGGAGAAUUUGACAAUGUGCAAAGCCUGCACUGGAGCGUUGACGUGGACAGUGACACCAGCUUCCUGUGUGCCAUCCACAAGCAGAACGUCACAGUGUGGAAAGUCACGGGGCUGGCUCCAAAACUAGGAUUCAAGCAAGUCCGCAAACUCAAUGUGCAGCCCAUUCCCCAAGGAUGUCUAUGGCACCCCAGGAAGGACAUCUUGUGUCUGCUGAGUCAGCAACAAUGCAGCUUCUACUUCCGACACACUCACAACAAGAGCAGCUAUGCCUUCCCUCAGUUGGAAAGUGGUAGAAUCACCUGCGGUACAUGGUCGGAGGAUGGACAGAGGCUGGUGCUGUGUGUGGGCACCGUGGUGCUGGUGUACAUAUGGCCAAACAUCGAGACUUCAAUAUCUGACUUCACCCCAGCAGCCUGGAAGGUUCCUGGCCUGGACGGCAGCAUCACCUCCAUCGUGUCCCUGUCCCAUGAUUCCCUUGUGUGUCGACCCAUGAGUGCGACCGAGUUGCCGCUAGAGUCACUGUGUAAACAGCGGGACAUGUUUGUUGUGCCAGAUGUGGUGAGCUCCAGUGAAGACCGUGCCAUAAAUGGAUCUGAUGAUGUCAUCGCCCCUAGAGGGAGCCAGGUGUCUGCCAAGGACAGCCUCCUGAAUCUGGAGAGAAACCCACAGAGCCUGGUGCAGGAUACGUCACAGUUGGUGGUGAUUCGACUCCACGACAAGUUGCAGGACCCUAGUGUCAUCAGUCGCACCAACGUCAGGGGCGUCCUUGUGCCAGAUGUGCUUACGCAUGAGCCCCGGACCAAUUCUGUCAUCGUUGGGGGCAACAACCAGAGUCUGUUGCAGAUCUUUACUUUCCUGGGUGAAGAGUUACACAAAGUCUCAGACAUUCAACUUGAGAAACACCAGCGGCCCAAGGGAUCCUGUAGACUGCCUCCCAUCUUCGCCCAGACAAGCUCGGGUGUCCUGGUGAUGGUAGGCCAGAGAGAUAUUUCAGAUUCAGCGUUUCCUUCGUCCACCAAUGAAGCAAGGUUUACUCUACUUAUCAGAUACUUCCCAAUCAAAUUAGACAAAUCUCACCUUCGUAACAGUUUCUCUGUGAUGCCCAGCAACUUGACGUCUGACACUAAACAACAAGAACAGAAGAUCAAGAGUCUGAGUGGUUCCAACCUUCCAAGCAGAACUCCCUCCAAGUCCAGAGUUACCUCCCCUUCAGUGGCUACUCAUGAUACAAGUAACAUCAAGAUCUCAGUUGCCCCUUCCUCUCGGUCUUCUAGAGAUGGAGGAGACACCAACAGACUUGUGCUGGACCUUAGUUCUAAUGGAAAGGCAGAAAAUCUUGAAACAGAAACAGUGCAAUUUUCAAGUCAGACUCCCAAAUUCCAGAAUUCUGAUGUGGAUAAGUUCUUUGAUUCUGUGGACAAUGGAAGGAAGGUGAAUGGUUGUAGAAAUGUGACAAUGAAUGCUGAGCGGGACUUGCCGAGUGAUCUGAGUCGUGUGAGGAGAGUGGAGCAGGACGAUGUCUGUGUAGUAGAGGACUCCAACAGUGUGCCCACACAAGACCAAGCUGGUUGUGACCAGUUGGCGCUGCUUGUCAACUCACAGAAAGAUCAGAUUGCUGCAUUACAGAAGAAAAUAGAUAUGUUAUCUCAAGCUGUAGAAAACACAUCGUGUAUAUUCCCAACCAAAUACCAGAGUCCCGAGCAACCAGAGAAGGUGAAGGUUAUCUAUGAGACAUCUGAUGGCCACACUCUGACCAGGUCAUUCCUGCUGGACUCAGGCCGACUGCAACUUGAUCCUGUCAAACAAGCGUUCGGUCUCGCCACAGUCGAACUUAUCAUGGAUGGUGACCCAUGUGUUCUUGGUGCUAACAUCGAUGGCUACAUCCCAAUGAAGUUCGGUGCUGGAUCCACUCUCAGCAUCACUGGAGUCCCAGCAUGCAUCUCUCCAUCCUCACCAAGGGACACAAACGGAGUGCUAGACAAGGAUCCAGUGUCAGGAGCCAGCAGGUGCUAGAUCCACCCUGUCUGCAAGUCAGGGGGAUUUGGGUAACCUUGGUGUAAGAAUUGGUCCUUGGUGUAAGAGAUGGGUACAGUGUUUCGUUCCCUGCCAUGAUAUUGUGUGAAUGAUGCUAUACUCUCUCUCUCCAACCUGUCUACAACUGAUGGUGGUUGAGUGACAUUGAGCGUCUUCACAAUGUUCUACGUGCAAUAGACAAGCAAUUAUCCAUUUACUUUGGCAAAUUUGAA